GCGCUGCAGACAUCAUUAGGAGGGGAGCCGCUUUCCACCGUCAGCGCCGGAGCAGAGCAGGGGAGCCCUGGCAACAAGGAGAGACACAAACUCAGCAGCCCGCUACACCCCGCAGGAAUGGUGACUGCACCUGCAGACAGACAGAUGUGAACGGACACAGAGACAUCUGGGACGCUUCCCUCCCCAGACUCCACAUCAGGAACCUCAGCUCCACUCAGUUGUCAGCUCUUCACCGAGCAGCAGGCUCCGCCUACUCCACCCGUCUAGCUCCGCCUCCUCCGCUCAGGGAGUGCAGACCCCUGAGUCAACACACUGCAUUCUGGGAAAGUCUGGAACCCUCUCCAUGGGCUGUACCACCUGCUGACAAACCAGGGGGGUCUGGAGGACUUAUAUUGAAUGAGGAUCUUGCUGCGUGUGGGCAGGCUUCCUUUUGCAGGGAAAUGAUUCCGCAUGAAGUGCAACGCACGCGGCCCCCCAUCGUCCUCUGCGGCAGCAGCAGGUGUGACGUCGAGACACUCUCCCCUACCACACUGAGCUCACCCCUCCGCCGCUAAAGAUCCCCGGACGGAACAGAGCGCCCUUCUCCUCCCUUCUAACCACCCCUCCAUAUCUUCAUCUCCAUCUCUAAUCCUUCCUCGCCUGCUUGUUGUUAGAGCCUGGAUUUUCUUUUGUAAUCACAAAAAGUCAACCUGAUCAUCGCCGGCCUUGGGUGAACUGGAUAGAGUAAGGAGAAAAAAAAAAAGAGAGGCAAGAUUGGGAAAGUUAAUUUAUAAAGAAUUAAUGUAAGAAAAGAAAAGAAAAAAAAAAACGGAAGUAAAAGCAAGAAGAGAAGCGAAAGUGAAAAAAGAAAGUCGUAGAGUGAGGGAACAAAAAGCUACAGUCCAAAAGUUAAGGAAGGAUAACGGAUAAGUACUGUUGAGGAACGCGAGGCGAAACCAGCAUGAAGUCCAACCAGGAGCGCAGUAAUGAAUGUCUGCCCCCCAAGAAGAGGGAGAUCCCCUCCAGCACGCUCCCGUCAGAAAACCGCUCGCCCUCCCUGCCGCCCGCCAACGACAGCCAGCGCUCGGAGAACCUGGCCUGGCUGGCCAGCGUGGCCGGCGGGAACGAAAGCAGCCUGACCUCCCGUCACAGCUCCAGCCCGUCUCCCCAGUAUAAGUCCCACUCCUCUCUAUUGGACUCUUCGUCGUCCUCUUCCUCGCCCAGGCUAGUCUCAUCUGUGUACUCGUCCCCCCUGUCCCAGUCCACCGUCGGAGGAACUGUCCAUUACACCCAACGGCCUCCGAACCUGCAGUUCAUAGCGUCGCCCUACACCGCCCCGUACACGAGCUACAUAAACCCCCAGCUGCUUCCGCCGCCUCCGCCGCCGCCCCCCCUCUCCUCCUCCUCCUCCUCCUCCUCUCUGGCCGCGCACAGACCCGCACACACAGAGACGGCCUCUGCUCCUCCGCAGGCCUGCAAGCAGGAGCAGCAGCGAGCGUCCACGGGGCGCACCUCCAUGCCUCCCCCCUCCACCGACUCCAUCCCCCACCACAAUCAAAUGUCGAUAUCCCCUCGGACCGGGCAGUCGCCUCACCACCAGGGAGGCUCUCACCUUCCAUCCCACGCGCUGCAUCCACACCACAGCUUGGGGCACGGCAUGUCUCAGGUGGUGGUGCAGUACAUGGACGGACACACCAGGAAAGGGGAAGGCAGACACAGAGAGCUUCACAACGGCGAGCUGGAAAGGGGUCGACGGUUCGGAGCGUCCCCCGAGUCCAGCCUCUCCAAGUCGGGGAGCAAAGCGCGCGACGCCGCGUCCUCCUUGUCUUCCUACGAGGCCCGCCAGCUCGUCCUGCCAUCGGACUACCACACGCACGACCCCUCAGGGCUGAGAACCUCCGUCAUGUUAAUGCCCAACAGCCACGGGGACCACCACCACCUGGCGCCACCCAGAGUCAGCCCGGAGAAGCUGGCGGCCGCUGCCCCGUCGCACGCGGAGAAAGGCGGCAUCGUCCAGGGCAAACCCGUAAACCGCACGUCCGCCACAUCGAACAGCACCUCUUCUUUCACAUUUCCACCCCCGCUGAGUGUCGACAGCCUCAAAGCUGCCGUCAGCUCCCUGCCGCCGCAGACCGUCAUCCAGACCACCCAGAACGCCACGGAGCCCCUGUCGAUGGGGCUCCCCUCCACCGGUAUCUACCCUCAGCCCAUCAUCGGCUACAUAGCAGGGGGCGGCGGGAGCAGCUACCACACCAGCCUACAGCAACACUUACUCAUUCCAGGCACGCAGCCGGUCAUCAUCCCGGUCAGCGGAGGCGGAGUCCCCGCUCUGGAACCCAUGACCUCCCAUGUUACGUCAUCCACCCAAGCCACGCCUUUUCCCACCACACUCCCUCACACGUACAUCGCCGCCCCCGCCCCCAAAGGAGACACCCUGGAAACGCCCAGCAGCCCGUACCACCACGACGCCUCGGGCGCGGUGGUUCAGGCCCAGCUCCACCUCCCCGUCGUUCCCGCUCCGCCGGGCCUGGCCGCCCCCGCGGCCCCGCCACCCGCCGCCGGUAACGUGGCGGCGCCCCCCUCGCUGCCCCCCUAUUUCAUCAAGGGUUCCAUCAUCCAGCUGGCCGACGGCGAGCUGAAGCGCGUGGAGGACCUGAAGACGGAGGACUUCAUCCAGAGCGCAGAGAUCAGCAGCGAUCUGAAGAUCGACUCGUCCACGGUGGAGCGCAUCGACGGGAGCCACUCCUCGCCCAACUUCGCUGUGGUCCAGUUCUCCGUCGGCGAGCACCGCACACAGGUGAGUGUGGAGGUGUUGCUGGAGUACCCCUUCUUUGUCUUCGGCCAAGGUUGGUCGUCCUGCUGCCCGGACCGGACCACCCAGCUGCUGGAGCUGCCCUGCACCAAGCUGUCUGUGGGCGACGUCUGUAUUUCACUCACCCUCAAAAACCUGAGGAACGGAUCUCUGAAGAAUGCUCCGGCCCUGGAGCCGGCGUCCCACGCUUCAGCCUCCAGCCACGGGCCCCUCAAACCCCCCCGGGCCAUCUCAGACGCUCCGCAGAGCUGCGGCGGCGGCGGAGGAGGCGCCUCCAGGCACAGGGAGCGGGAGAACGGCGUCAGGCAGCGGGGCAGCGGCGAGAGCGGGAACGGCAGCGGAGGGGGCUCCGCCGUGGAGAACGGGGACCUCAUGUUCGUGGAGAGGGAGUCCAGCUCUAAAGGUCAGGCCGCCAGCGGCGCCGACGCCGGGUCGAGUAAGCCAUCGGGAAGCAGGAAGCGGAGGUGGUCCGCCCCCGAGGGUCGGAAAGUGGAGAAGUCAGAGGAGGAGCCACCUUUGACCCUACCCAAACCUUCCUUCAUCCCUCACGAGGUGAAAAUCAGCAUCGAGGGAAGGUCAAAUAUUGGCAAGUGAAGGCUAGCAGGACUGUUAUUAACCUUUGGGAUUUUAAAAAUAUACAUAAAAGGAUUUUACGAAAACAUGAAUGCCCACGUUAAUGUUUCAUUGUCUUGGUUUUGUUUUCAGUUUUUUUUUUCUUCUUCUUCAUCUUGAAUACUGUACUGUAGAGGUAAACUUACCCUACAUGGCAUCACCUUACAUAACGCCCAUAUAGUUUGUACCGUAUUUUUUUAUAGACGGAUUUUUUAAUCACAGGAGCAAUCAGUGCCGUUUCGGUGGAUUUUGGAAGCGUGCUAAACGAUCAUGGGUGGCUGUGUGGCACACGGGCACAAUGCCUGAUAGCUCUGCGUGGCCGCUGACACACUACACACCACUUUUAUUUUAACCUUAAGCUCGCUGUUGGCGUUUCGGCCGGGGUUCCAUUCCCCGAUCCUCUGCCAGUAGUGUGGCUUUCUGGACGCACCUUUGAUUUUCCACCACUAGUGGUUUAAUGUCAGCUCGUCCUGAGCACGAAGGAUUUUUUAAAUUUCCAAUCGAUUAAGUAUUAACCUGUUAAAUCAGAGCGUGUCCUUAAUGUAUCAUGUGCUAUUCACUGUGCCGAACAUGAGCCAGAUGCCAUCAGGCGUCGCUCCAGUGUGCCACACAACAGAGAGGGAACAACUCUUACUCUGCUGAGACGACAAUGGAGUCUUUACCUUCACCUUUACUGUUUUCUUUCUUCUUCUUUUUUUUUUCGUUUUUUUUUGUUUUUGAGUCCCUCAUAUCCUGUGUCACCAGAUAGUUUUUUUUUUUUUUUGUUUUUUUUCCAAUGAUUGUCAGAAACCUUAAUCAGGGGUCAUGUAGUCCUAGAUUGAGCCUCCGUGGGUCGAUGUUAAUGUAUAAAUGUGAGAUACCCUAACCGAAUACGUACAAGUGCAAACACACUGGGUUGGUGAACUUCACUUUAAGUAAAAAAAAAAAAAGAUGUUAAGAGGACGACUGCAUACAAUCCUCAUUGUUUUAUGAUGAAUUACUUUAUAUUUUUUUAUCCAGAGAAAGCUGUGUGAGAGGAACCGAGAGAAUCUGCAUGUCAGCUCCGAGAGGAGGGUCAGGAUGUUUCAAAGCACUUAACACACCUGUCACACUCACCACACAGCCAAGAAAUUUAUUGUCGUCUCUUUAUUUACACAGUACUGUAUGUUUUUAGACUUUUUUUUUUUUUUUUUUUACUCAGACAAUGGUAGAAAGUAGCAACAGCACUUUGGAGAGGUGAGGCUUUAGAGAACUGAAGGGGUCGUUUGGAAUCACAGAGCAAGGGCUGAACGUGUGACAGGCGGCGGAGAGAAAUUCCUGUUAGCAGAUGGUUCACGGAAAAGAAGGAGCUUGAAAAUAUGGCCGUCUUAACCAUGUGCAAAUGUGCAGGCAGGCAGCCGGUCGGUCGUGGAAAAACUUUUGGGAAAAGCUUUGGAAUGUGUUCUGAAAGUUCAGGAUCUGGCGUGAAUUAGAAAGCAUGCGCCACAGAAUUGUGAAGGUCAUCCAAUAUUUGUAAUGUGUGCGUGUGUGUGUGUGUGUGUACGUGUGAGCUCCUGGUCUGCAGCUGUCGACGCAUUCACACACACUCUUACGCAGACGAAAACAGUGGCGAUCAUCCCGUAAAUGAAACGACCUAUGAUAUGUACUGUAGAUGUAUUACAGUCCUGCAAGAAGUGCUCUGUGGUGUGUGUGUGUAUGUGUGGGUGUCUGGGAGGGAGUCUGCAUAAGAGUGUGUGUGAACUGUGUAUAGGAAAAAAGGAUAUCCUCAUUUGAUAUAUAGACAAUUGUAAAUGUCCAGUGUUUCUACUUGGAGUCUUUACUUAAGAAAAUCUUGCGAUUUGCACAUCAGUUGGAAGAAGUGGUUUUUGACGUCCCCCCCCCCCCGUCCUGAACGAGGCCCUGAAACACAUCAUGCACUGGAGGAGGCAGAUGGUUUUGUUCCUCAAGAGACACUUAACCACAUGUUAGAGGGAAGCAGGCCUCCGAGGUCAGAUCCUGUCCCGUUACUACCUAGAUAGCUGCAGAGCGGGUUUUAACACGUGCCUGCCUACUGAGUGUCAGUGAAGACAGGCCGGCGUUCCCGGGGUGUUCGGUUUGGUGGAGUCCGAACGCAGCAGAUACCUCAACAGGUUGUCUAUGAAGCGGUGUGAUCGUGCUUUGCGGCGAGGUUUGCGUCGUCUGUGGAGCCCGUUCCUGCUCCGUUCCUGGAUGUAGGUGUUGGUGGAUCGAUGCGUGUGCGUCGCACCGGGGGUUUACCAGGGCGACGGCAGCAAGGAUGUGUGGUCGGAUGGACGAGGAGAGGACGCAGCGGUGGCUGAAUAAGCGAGCGACCUUAUGUUGGUGACGAGUGAGGAAGAGAAGAACCCAAGUGAGAUUUGAAAAAAAUGCUUUAUUUUUGAUAAUAAAACAGGGUUCUCAAAUCAAGACCACCACAGUAGUGCAUUUUCAUUUCUUCCUUUUCCUGUUGAAACAUCACGCUCAUCAGUAACAAUAGUCUGUGUGUGAGUGAGUGUGAGUGUUUUGUAAAUGUGUAUACAUGUCUGUUUUUUUUUUUUUAAGUGUUUGUCGAACCCUCCGUCACCAAGAGAAGAGAAGAAAAGGAGAACAUCUGAACAAACCUGUCAGCCACUAAAACGUUUCUAUUGUUGAUCAGGUAAAAUGUUUUUUAACAGAUUUAAGCCAAAGCCACGGAUGCUUUUGUUGCUUUGGUUACUUUAGAAAGCAAUAGUACAAUAAAUAUUCAGGCUCUCUCCUUCUGUAGGACUGGAACACUUUCUGCAAUAAAUGUUUAAUAAUAAUAAAUAAUAAUAAUCAUCCUCCAGCAUGACGAACCAAAAUAACUCAUUAAGGAAAUCAAAUUUGGAAAAGUGUUUUUAGACGCUCAUAAAGCAGGACACUAUUCCUCUGAUCACAAAGGAUGUUUUGAUCUUGAGAAACUGCAGUGGCAACUCCAGCUGCUUGUUAUCAGGGAAGUGAUUCAUAUAUGCAGUAACUGAACAAAAACCCCUGAAACCUCCUCUCUCUGCGCCGGGCCGGUCGGAGACGCCGCUGUCUCCGACCGGCCCGGCCCGGCUCCGCCUCUCUGCCAGGACUUCCCCAGCGACCUCGUUGACCUUGUUUCAGGUACCCAAUCAUAGCCAGCCAGCCUCACAAAGCUCCUCCUCCUGAGGCGAAGCAAUCAAUUCAAAACGCUUAAACAACCGUAGCUACCUGUCGCUUUGGCCCGGCCUGGACGUAACAGGACCGGCCUGGACUGCCUGUUCCCCCCCCCCCCUCACGUCUUUAUUUGACAUCCGAUCGUAAUUCAUCCAGGUAUUCAUAUUUUACUGUUAAUUCGGUAACGCCGAUCAAUCCGACAUGUAGAAACACUCUGAAUGCAAGAGAGCGCAGCACAUCAUUGCAAGGAUUCAAUACUUUUUUUGUGGGUUUGGUGCAGUUGUGAUUUUGUUAAGAUGAUCCCAAGUUUAACUGUUUAACUCCCUUGAUAUGUACCACAAUGUGCAAUACUUCUUUUUUUUCUCUUUUUUUUUGCCCCCUCCCUCACUGUGCCAAGUGUGUGUAUCAUAGAUUGACUCCAGUGACUCGAUCUCUGUUAGAGGCUUUGUGUGUUUUACUGUCUGUUAAUGUUUGUCACACCUUAAAAAAAAUAAAGAGUCAGGAUGUUUGUGAAGAGAAACAAAUCCCCAGAAAGAGAAAUUGUCCUGUAACCCUCUCUCUUUCUCUCGCUCCCUUUUUGUCCUUGUGGCCUUCCUUAAGUUGUGUGAGUCUGCACUAUGUGUCACGAGUGUACUGUGAGUGCGUGAGUGUGUGUGUGUGUAGCGGAGUGUUUUCUCCUCUAAUUGUCUGUGAGAUCAUAAACCCUGACCCUCAACGGUUCACGGUGAGACCCACAGGAAAAAGAAACCUCAUUGCUAGUGGGGACCACUUUUUGUAAAAAAGAAAAAAAAUUAAACAAAAAAAAAAAAGUAAAAAAAAAAAUAAACAACCAACCAACAGAGAUGCACAUGUAAGUAGAUGUAAAAGACUUGAUAAUGUUUCAGCACUUUCUAAUCCUAGGAUGGGUUUAGG